UUUUAAAACUGUUUCAGCAGGAUUUAAUUUAGUCUUUUGACUUUGACUACCAUUUUGAUUUAUUUUUCACAUAUAUAAUCCCUUAAGUCCUUUUCACACCAUUUUAUUUUUGCUUGUUGCAUAGUAUUGAAUGGUCAGCAUGUUAUUUCUCAAUUACAUUUAUUUUGUUUUCAAAUAAUUUAAUUAACUUAACAAAUUGUGAAAAUUUUAGGUUUUGCAUUACAAUGGCGCAUGCUCGUAGGUUCUUUCAACCAAUGGUCGAAACCAAUUGGAACCAUCUUAAUGUACCAGUUUCAUGGAGCAUGAAUCAUUCAAAUAUAGGUGGGACUGUACUACUCCAAAGGCCCCCCUCCACAAACGUAAUCUGGUUUUUCAAAGUUAGUCAUGUCCAGAGUAAAAAUGGUGAGGUUCCGGGAAAAAUGAAAUUUGGGGAAGGUUGGGUGAGGUUCCGGAAAGAAAAUGAAAUAAAUAUUGGAGAUUUCAUGGUUUUUGAAUAUUUAGGCGAUUCUACUUUUAAUGUGAUUGUCUUUGCCCCCAAUGGUUGCAAUAAGUUCCCAGAUAUAGUAUAUGGUUCGGCCACAGGUAUAAGUGGUUCAGCUAGGGGUAAUAUAACUGGUUCUUCUAGAGGUUCUUCUCGAGGUAGGUCUGCGGCUGGAAUGUCCAGUCAAGAAGAAAAUGCUCAGGCCGCUCGCGAGGCUCUUGGCGACCGUUCUUUUAUUAGGAUGAUCUCAGACGUUACGAAAUAUUCCAUGAAUAUUCCAAUGAGUUUUAUACGCGACCAUUUGGGUGCUGGUCAUGUUGAUAGCACGGUGACGCUUCGAGUUCAAGCCGUUGAUAGGCAAUGGAUUGCAAGAAUUAAAACUUAUCCAAUAUCUGAAUAUUCCAAUGAGUUUUAUACGCGACCAUUUGGGUGCUGGUCAUGUUGAUAGCACGGUGACGCUUCGAGUUCAAGCCGUUGAGAGGCAAUGGAUUGCAAGAAUUAAAACUUAUCCAAUAUCUGGUGAAACUCCUCAGCAUUGCAUAUUAUCCGGCUUAAAACAAUUUAUAUUCGACAUGCAUUUAAAUGUCGGGACAGCUUGUGUGUUUAGCCUUUGCUUCCCACCUACCCCUAUUACAUUCGAAGUAGCUAUUUUUACAAGGUAACUUAUUAAUCGUCUCUUGGUUUUAUCAAACACGCUACUGUGUGAGAAGAAACUUCUUAAUUGUGUUACGGGUUAAAUUAAAUUCUUAACCAUGUUAUCUUUUCCGAGGAAACUUCUUAACUGUGUUAUAUUUUAGUUUAGUUGAAUCUCUAUAAAUAUUAAUUGUAUUUCCAAAUCUUUAUGAGGAAAUAAUU